AUGGAUGAUCUUGAAAAUCCUGAAGAUCUAGAAGUUCUGGACGAUCCGGUUCUGGACGAUCAAGAUCUGGACGCCGAAUAUCCUGAACCUUUUGUGAGUAGUGGAGACUUAACUGACUUCAGCAUCCACAUUUCUUUCUUCUUUCUCCAGGUCUAUCUGGCAGAGUGGAGGGGUCAGAAGGUGGCUCUGUCUAAACUAUCCUCUCUGGAAUACCAGGAUGAUUUCCACCAUGGAAUAUUCAUGUUAGAGGCCCUGCAGGGCCCCCAGGUGGUGCAGUUGGUCGGAUUUUGUCUUGAAGACAACACUCUGGUCACGGAGCACCACCCACAUGGUUCACUGCUUAAAUUGGAUUCUGUUUUUGCACAAGAGCAACACCAGCAACACAACACAUGGCAGAUCCGGCUGCGGCUGGCUACAGAUUACGUGUCUAUCCUUCAUUACCUCCAUAACAGCCCGGCUGGGCGGCGUGUUAUGUGCGAUUCCAACAGCCUGGAGAAAACUCUCUCACAGUUUCUGUUGACAAGUGACUUUCAUCUGGUAGUGAAUGAUGUGGAUGCCCUGCCUGAAGUGGACCGCUCCAGAGGCUUGUUGGUCAAAUGUGGCCACCGGGAACUCACUGGGGACUUUGUAGCCCCAGAGCAACUGUGGCCAUUCAGAAACAUAGGGAAGCCAUUUUCUGACAAUCUCAUGCCUGAGUAUGAUGAGAGGACAGACAUCUGGAAGAUCCCAGACGUGACAUGGUUCUUGAUGGGAAGGGUACCUGGAGGAGAUUUAGUCCACUUCCAUCUCUUUCAGAUUCACGAGGAGUGUAAGAAGGAAGACCCCAUGCUUCGCCCUUCAGCUCUGGAUGUUCUGAAAGUGUACCAAUCAGUCUACAGCAGCAUGGUGCGAGGCAAUGCUGGCUUUAGAGACAUGCUGUAGAAUACAUGUCUGACCCAUUUAAAAAGACAGACGCCAGUUUAACAGAUCUACUCAGUUUGGAACCAUGGAAAGACAUUUUAUUAUUUCAUUCACUUGAGACUUGAAACUCUUUCAGGGAAUGAGACCAGGACCAGACAUUAGAGCUAGCUAAUAUGUAUGUAGUGCUAUUUGCAAAAUCUCUGUAAGUGAGAAGUGAAGAGAUUUUUGAGUACACAAACAGCUUUCUAACAUUAGUUAGCUAUCUUUGCUCUUGUCUAAUUGCCAAUAACGGUUUGAUGUGGUCCUUACCAUGCUUUGCUUUGCACAAUUUACAUUUUCUUCUCAUUUGGAUGCUGUUUUUUUUUUUUGUGGUUUUGGUAGCCAAGUUUUAUCACAGAUGAUCUGGCUGACAUCUCCAGACAGUCACAGCGUCUGUCUCCCUCAUUCACUUUCUUGCUGUGAAGUCAAAGUGUGUGGGGAGAGGUUACCGUGGUUAACAGUAACACAAAUUUCAAGUUUUACAUCUAGUCAACAGACAACAGACAGGCAAUUUAGUUGUAAUUUGCAACAACUGCAGUUAUGGCUUGACUUAUUCUUUACAAAAGAGUCUACUUCUUACUUUCAAUAGAUCACAAAGGAUUCAUACCUUAAGGUUUCAUUCCUGAAGCAGAGAAAUCUGACAUGUAAUUCUGUAUUUUGGCUUCUUAACACAUUACACUUUAAACAGUAUCAUGAAAAAUACAUUAUAGAACAACAAACUGUAUAUCUUUUCUGAACACAGUGUGUGUAAUCUACAAUAUGAUAACUUCUGACACUGCAUGGACUGUUAGAGCACACUGUGGGUUCUUACUACAGUUAAUUGUUGAGGUGUGUUUAUAGGUAGUCAUAAUGUGUUAUAAGCCUCGUCAGUAAAGAGCAUCCAUAAGACACUUGAAGGCAUAAUUUAUUCAAAGUCACAUCCAUAAUGUUUCAUGACUGUUGUUGAUGUGGUGCAUCAGAAAGCACUGUGUUUAUGAAUGUAGUAUGAAUGCGUUAUAAUUCACAAUAAAUAACUCAUUAUAUAUGUGAUAUUCACAUAAAGUGUUACUUAAAGUUUCAAAACUUGUCAAAACCCCCAACCAAAAUACUGAGAGCGUUACCAAAAUACAGUGUAAAAUCCUACGAGUGAUGUGUCUCAAUCAGCAGAGGUUUCACAGCCUCAUCUCCCUCUCACAGGUGGGGACACUAACAUCUGAAUAAAGGACUUUAACAUUUAUAAUUUUUCAUAUAAUGUCAUGAUGUAAAUUAAGUCCAAACGGUUGACUCUUUCAGCAUUGGCCUCACAAGGUUCAGGAUACUUUAAAUGUUAGAUAGCAUGUUGAGCCAUUUUAACUCAUGAAUUUGAAUAUUUAGUUUAUAGCUAAUAAAAAAAAAGAAGUAAUGUUUCAUUGUGCAAUACCAGAUUAAAUAAAAGACUGGGUUUAAUUA